GCGAGUGCGGUAAAAGCAAGAAGAGGAGGAGGCGCCGGGGAAGGGAGGCAGAGUCCGCAGUCUCCGGGCCGGAGGAGUCGGGCCUCGGUUGGUGCCAGAGGAAAAGCAGGUGGGGCGGCGAGGAGAGAGCAGCAAGGCGGCGAUGACGACUGGAGCUCUGCGGAUUGGAAGAAGCGCGCAAGGGUUUCUUUGAAACGGAAGAAAACCCGGAAGAUACUCGGCGGAUCCUUCGCCGGCGGAUUCCUAGUUCCCGCUUCUGCAGAAUCUAGAAGAUCCGCUUUGCCCCGGAUUUUUAAAUCCUGGAAAGACUUUGGCUCUGAUUUGGAUUUUGCAUUUCGUAUUCCUGGCAUUUCUGCUGCGCCGCCUACCCGUCCGCUCACUUUUCCACCCAUCCUUAGAAAUGGUGCGCGCUCCCUUUCCCCCCUGUCUAGACGGCAGGCGCUGUUCACCUCCGAGCUUUUAACUCGGAAUUUACUUCAGUGCAACCAGGCGUCCGGAUUGAUGUCUCUCCGCGGGUCCAGUUCGUGCAAUACGCCCGGCAGGAUUUUUUCCGAAUUGCAGAUUGUUUUGAUCAAUGCAUUCCUUUCAUUUAAAAUCGCACCUGUCCUCCGAUUUUACACAGGAUUAAAAGACUGUCGGCUCACUCCUUUUUGUAACGCUCUGCUUUUCUCUUUUUAAACUGGGUUGCAGAGCGCUCCCGGUGCGCUAAUCUGGGUUUCCCAUAUUUUUUUGAGGGCAGCAAUCCAGAUUAACAUAGUUCAACUGCGGAAGGUGUUUGCUGGUUUUCAGAGCGAUGUUGCCAGGAUCUAUUCAGAUCUCUGGGGAGACUUUAUCCAGUGCAGAAAUUCGGGAUAUUUGUGAGAGCUUGCGGGAGAACUCCAUCAAACUGCUUUCCCUCCGGGGUUGCCAAAUUUCCGAUAGAGAUUUCGGUCGCAUCUGCAAGGGGGUGGCAGAGUCUCAUUCCUUGGCUCAACUUAAUCUUAAUUUAGGAAUUGUUUCCAAUAUCAAUCGGGUCAAGCAAUUGGCUGAAGCUCUGAAGACAAACCGCUCUGUCCAAUCUUUAUUCCUUCAUGGAAGUCCUCUGACAGAUGCUGGUCUGGCCAUUCUCAACCCAGCUUUAUCCAUCCAUCCAUCCCUUGUGGCCUUGGAUUUGGGAGACUGCAUGCUGGGGGAUGAAGGUAUCAACUUGAUUUGUGGCCUUCUUCCUCCUGAUGGGGCCAAGUCAGGAUUGAAGGAACUGACUCUCAGUGCAAACUCUGGCAUCACCCCCAAGGGAUGGGGACGUCUGGCUAUUGCAGUGGCUCAUAGUUCCCAAGUGCGAGUGUUGAACUUGGACUACAACCCCCUGGGUGACCAGAUAGCAGCGAUGCUGGCUGUUUCAGUGGCAUCCAGCCGCACCUUAGAAGUUUUAGACUUGGAAGGGACAGGACUUACCAACCAGUCGGCUAUGAUCUUAUUGGACAUGGUAGAAAACUAUCCAACAGCUCUGAGGACAUUGAUCCUGGCAGAGAACAACAUUAGUCCUGAACUACAGCAGCAAAUCUCAGACCUUCUUUCAGAGGGAGAGGAAGAAGAUGAGACUGUGAACCAUGAAGUGAUGGCCAGAGAGAAGAAUUCCCGGAUCUGUCAAAGCAAUUCUAGUUCCCAGAUGGUCUUGGUAACAUCAGGCCUUGGAGAAAGUCUAUUAGCGGAAACAGAGAUGUGAACAGAAUGUCUGAUAAGAAAAAUAUUUCCAUGUACUGUAUUUGGAAAGAUCAUGUAUUGGUGGAAAUGUGUAUUUUCACACAUCUUGUGUAAUGUCUACUGUGCUUCUGAAUUCAUGUGUGCACAAAGCAAAGAUAGGAAAGCUGAUAUGCCUGUAUGCAAAUACUGGGCUGUGUGACUGAAGAUCCGUAUAUUAGUCACCUUCCUUUUCCUACUCUGGAACCAGAUUCUAAUUAAUCAGUCCUUAUCAUCUGCUUUUGAUGAUUCAGUUGCUGUAUUUUUAUAUUUUGCCAUAUUUAACUGAUCUUUGAGAGAAACUGCAUUUUUUCAGAUGUAUAUAUUUAUGUAAUGAGAGAUAUUCUUUUUAUUGCUUGUAUUUAUGCUGAGGUAAAAUUUUAUAAAAUUCACAAAAACAUGGCAGAGUUCUGAUCUGCGUAUGGAUGAAAAAGUUAGAAGGGAGGAAAUGUACACUGAAAAUAGUAACAGCUCACCUGAGCAAGUUAUUAGUAAAACACUUUGGCUGCUUGACUCCACGUAUCUUACAGUCUUACGAAAAGCAGAAUGCUAAUAUUGUAAGAACAUUUUCAGCCAAGUCCUACAUUGAACUCAAAUUUCAUGUACUUUGCUGUCUUUACUUUCUCAAAGCCAUUUUGAUAUACUCUUUGUUUCACAAAAUGACAAUAGGCCAUUAAAAAUAAAAGCUACAGCAAUC